GACACACUGUUUACGAAGUAGCAACCAAAAAGGAAAAUAAAAAUAAAAGCGUAUUAAGAUUUCGUGAGGAAAAAAUGCUGUAGGCGCAGUGUAAAAUGCAUAUAGUGCAGAUAAAUCGCGUUUGUGAGAUGCUACAACGCGAGUUCAACAUCAAAUCGGUACAGAACUUCAAAGUGCAAUAAUAUUAAUACUUGAAUUAUCGAAUAUACCAAAGUGCAAUUGGCCAGUUGAGACUACAGCCAUAACAACAAAAACAAACAACGGCAGUGAAAUAAUAUAAUAACCUUGUGGCAGUUGUUUUUUGUUUAUUUAAAUCAGAAAUAUACAAAAGUAAUCAAGGUAAAAGGAGGCAAAGUGGUUAAAUAAUAAAAGUUAAUUAGGAAAACACAGUGCUUGAGUGUGAGUGUGUGUGAGUAGUGCCAACAAUACAAACGCAAUACAACCAAUACAAGCGCAGAGCCAUAGUUUUUCAUAGAAAUAACGAAAGUAACAGCGAUAAAUAAUACUAAACAACAACACCGAAGAGUCUCAAAAGUGCUGGAAAAACUUGCGAUAAGAAGAACGAUAGUGAAAAACAAAAAGAGAAAAGAAACAGGAACCUCCACAUCGACAGAUCUUUGAAUGCUGCUGCGUUUUGAAAUCCGGCGACAAAAUGGUUUCGUUAAUUAAAACAAUCGAAGCGGCAGCGGAGAAACAGAAGCAAUCGGUGGCUGCCACCGACUCCUCCUCUUCUUAUUCCACCUCUUCACCCUCUUCGUCUUCUGGCUCUCUUUCAUCAUCCCCUGCCGCCCCAAAAUCCAAUCUCACGGCUAGCGGUAAACCAAAGGAGAAACGAAGGAAUAAUGAAAAGCGCAAGGAAAAGUCUCGCGAUGCGGCCAGAUGCCGUCGAUCCAAGGAGACGGAGAUUUUCAUGGAACUCUCGUCGGCUUUGCCAUUGAAAACCGACGAUGUCAAUCAACUUGAUAAGGCCUCCGUGAUGAGGAUCACCAUUGCAUGCCUCAAGAUUCGUGAGAUGCUGCAGUUUGUUCCCAGCGAUGCCAUUAAACAGGACAUCGAUGCUGUUGAGGAGCAGGUGGAGAUCAAACCUAAAAUGGAAAUUGGCAACGAGGAUUGGCUAAAGGGACCCGAGGCCAGAGAACUCUUGAAACUGACCAUGGACGGAUUCCUGCUGGUCUUGUCCCACGAGGGUGAUAUCAUUUAUGUGUCCGAGAAUGUCGUUGAGUAUCUGGGCAUUACCAAGAUUGACACUCUGGGCCAGCAAAUCUGGGAGUACUCGCACCAGUGCGAUCACGCCGAGAUCAAGGAGGCUCUCAGCCUGAAACGCGAAAUUGCCGAGAAGGUCAAGGAUGAACAGCAGCAGGAUUCCGGAGUGAGCACCCAUCACCGCGAUCUAUUUGUGCGCUUGAAGUGCACCUUGACCAGUCGAGGACGCAGUAUCAACAUCAAAAGCGCCUCCUACAAGGUCAUUCACAUCACUGGACACUUGGUGGUCAACGCCAAGGGCGAACGCCUGUUGAUGGCCAUUGGUCGACCCAUUCCGCAUCCAUCGAAUAUUGAGAUACCGUUGGGUACCAGCACUUUCCUUACAAAACACUCCCUGGACAUGCGUUUCACCUAUGUGGACGACAAGAUGCAUGGCUUGUUGGGAUAUUCUCCCAGAGAUCUGCUCGACACUUCGUUAUUCGUCUGCCAGCAUGGAGCUGAUUCCGAACGCCUGAUGGCCACCUUCAAGAGCGUACUGAGCAAGGGCCAGGGUGAGACCUGUCGCUACCGAUUUCUGGGAAAAUAUGGCGGCUAUUGCUGGAUUCUUAGCCAGGCCACGAUUGUCUACGAUAAACUAAAGCCACAGAGCGUCGUUUGCGUUAACUACGUCAUAAGUAAUCUUGAGAAUAAACAUGAGAUAUACUCACUCGCUCAACAAACGGCAGCAAGUGAGCAAAAGGAACACCGACCAGCUGAAACCGAGGAGGAGCCUGAAAAAGCAGCAAGUCCCGAAGUCGUCCUUCAGGAAUCCAAGGAAACAGGAAACCAGCCUACUCCAAUAGAGAUCGAGGAUAAACCGCAGGCAAUUGAGUGCAAGGAAACAGAGAAAAUUAACAAGGAAAUACCUUUAGAACUACCAGAAACCAAAAUAACUGCAACUGCAACUGCAACAAACCCACCAGUAGUAACUGCAACUUCUACGGCUGAUCACAUAAAACAACUUCCCGAGAACAAUCCCUUCAAGCAGAUCCUCCAAACGGAGCUGCUGAUCAAGCGGGAGAACCACUCGCCAGGACCGCGUACCAUUACCGCCCAGCUGCUCAGCGGCAACAGCGGUGGUCUGCGUCCCGAGGAGAAGCGUCCCAAGUCGGUGACCGCUUCGGUCUUCCGCCCGAGUUCCGCUCCACCCUUGACCCCACCGCCGGCGGUCCUCUGCAAGAAGACACCGCUCAGCCUGGAGCCCACACUGCCGCCCACAACCACCACCACGGCAGCCAUAAUCUCCUCGAGCAACCAGCAACAGCAGAUCCAACAACCAGCUCAAGACAUGAAUAAAGGAUUCUGUUCGCUGUUCGAUGAUGGAAGAAGUCUGACGACAAUGCUUAAAGAGGAACCCGACGAUCUGUCCCACCACCUGGCCUCCACCAACUGCAUUCGGCUGGACGAGAUGACUCCAUUCAGCGACUUACUGGUUGGCCUCAUGGGCUCCUGUCUGUCGCCCGAGGACAUCAACUCCCUGGACUCGACCACCUGCUCCACGACGGCCAGUGGCCAGCACUACCAGAGUCCCAGCAGCAGCAGCAACUCUGCCACUAGCAACACCAGUAGCAGUAGCAAUAGCUAUGCCAACAGUCCGCUCAGCCCGCUCACACCCACUCCCACGGCAACUGCCAGCAAUCCCAGUCAUCAGCAGCAACACCAGCAGCAGCAGCAACACAACCAGCAGCAGCAGCAGCAACAACACAACCAGCAACACCAGCAGCAGCAACAUCACCCUCAGCACCACGACAACAGCAAUAGCAGCAGCAAUAUUGAUCCUCUGUUCAACUACCGCGAGGAGUCAAACGACACAAGUUGCUCCCAGCACCUGCACUCGCCCAGCAUAACAUCAAAGAGUCCCGAGGACAGCAGUCUGCCUUCGUUGUGCAGUCCCAAUUCGCUGACCCAGGAAGAUGAGUUCUCCUUCGAGGACUUUGCAAUGCGUGCUCCCUACAUCCCGAUUGGCGAUGAUAUGCCCCUGCUAACGGAGACGGAUCUCAUGUGGUGUCCACCAGAGGAUCUGCAGACCAUGGUGCCCAAGGAAAUCGAUGCCAUGCAACAGCAGUUGCAGCAGCUACAGCAGCAACAUCACCAGCAGUACGCAAACAAUACUGGUUACCAGCAACAGCAGCAGCAACACCAGCAGCAGCAUUUCUCCAACUCCCUGUGCUCAUCGCCUGCUUCAACGGUCUCUUCAUUGUCGCCAUCGCCAGUGCAGCAGCAACAUCAGCAGCAACAGGCGGCGGUCUUUACCAGCGAUUCCAGCGAACUGGCAGCAUUGCUAUGCGGAUCCGGAAAUGGAACCCUUUCGAUCCUGGGAGGAAGUGGUGUAACCGUGGCGGAGGAGUGCAACGAGCGACUCCAGCAACAUCAACAGCAGCAACAGCAGCAGGGUGGCAACGAGUUCAGGACUUUCCAGCAGUUGCAGCAGGAGUUGCAGUUGCAGGAGGAGCAGCAACAACGUCAGCAACAGCAGCAGCAGCAGCAGUUGCUCAGCCUCAGCAUCGAGUGCAAAAAGGAGAAGUACGAUGUGCAAAUGGGAGCAAGUUUAUGUCAUCCAAUGGAGGAUGCAUUCGAGAAUGACUACAGCAAGGACUCCACAAAUCUGGAUUGCUGGGACCUGCUGCAGAUGCACGUGGCCGAUGCGGCUCCCGUGAGUCCUUCAGCCUCAUCACCUGCUCCUUGCAAGGUGACCACCAUUCAGUUGCUCCAGCAACAGCAGCAAUUGCAACAGCAGCAGCAAAACAUCAUCUUGAAUGCAGUGCCAUUGAUUACCAUUCAGAAUAACAAGGGAUUAAUGCAACAGCAGCAGGAGCAGCUGCAGCAGCCGGCUUUGAAGAUCCUGAAUGGAGCCGGCAUUGCGCCGGUGACCACCAAGGCCACCAUUCGCCUGGUGGAGAGCAAGCCACUCACCGCGACGCAGCAGCGUGUGGCCAAGGUGAACCUCGUCCAGCCCCAGCAGCAGCAACAUGGAAACAAGCGACACCUGAACAGCGCGACAGGGGCAGGAAACCCCGUGGAAUCGAAGCGCCUGAAGAGCGGCACCAUCUGCCUGGAUGUGCAGUCGCCGCAGCUCCUGCAGCAGUUGAUUGGCAAGGAUCAGGCCCAGCAGCAAACCCAAGCAGCCAAGCGAGCAGCCAGUGAACGCUGGUCGCAGUCCGCGGAGAGCAAGCAGCAAAAGCAGCAGCAACAGCAGUCCAACUCGGUCCUGAAGAACCUGCUGGUCAGCGGACGCGAUGAUAGCGAAACCGAACCAAUGAUGAUCGAUGAUGACAACUCCCUGGGCCAGUCAGUUCCUCUGGGCAAAUAUGGAUUGCCCCUGCAUUGCCACACCUCCACGACGGCGGUGCUGCGGGACUUUCACCACAAUCCGCUGAUCAGCGGCACCAACUUCCAGCUGUCUCCGGUCUUUGGAGGCUCAGAUGCUGGAGGAGGUGAUUGUGACGCCGUGUCAGUGGUCUCCCUGGAUGAUUCAGUGCCUCCGGGCUUGACGGCUUGCGAUACGGAUGCCUCCAGCGACAGUGGCAUCGAUGAGAACAGCCUGGUGGAUGGGGCAUCGGGGUCACCACGCAAGAGGAUGCCCUUAACUACCACCAUCAGUGAGCAGGCAGAAACUGCACCAGCACUAGAUGUGGUGACUCCAGUGAUCCAGCAAUCGGUGGAAGAUGAGCUCGAGGGAUGUAACGCCCCCAGUAGCCGGAAGACCUCCAUUUCCUUCCUGGACAGCAGCAAUCCCUUGCUGCACACGCCGGCGAUGAUGGACCUGUGCAACGAUGACUACAUCAUGGGCGAGGGUGGCUUCGAGUUCAGCGAGAACCAGUUGGAGCAGGUCCUGGGUUGGUCAGAAAUCGCCUAGAAUGGAUACCUUUGCAUGCAUUGCAUUUGUAAGAGCGCAUUUUUUCGUGCUUAUGAGGAGAAAACAUUGAAAUUAAACUGAGCAUCGAUGAGGAAGCUAACCAAAAGAUUGAUUUUGAGCCUUGCGUAGGAUCCCGCACAACCAUCUUGACAAACCCCUUUCGCCUUUCCCCACCCACCCACACGCCAACCCCCCGACCGACCUCUUGACCCCUGACCCCAAGCUAACCGACACAUUUACAAACAGGAAGGGUUAAUCACACUUGAAUAGUUUUGUAGCCAUGUUAACUGCCUAGAACAGAAGAAUAUACACGUAUGUAAUUUAGUCUUAAUGAUUUUCUAUAUGCAAACCGUUUACACAACAAAAGGAUGAGGAGCAAUUUAGCAGAGUAAAAGGAGUACCAGUCGAUAAAUAACAAUAAAACGAUAAACUUUUUAAAUACAAAAAAAAAUAUCUUAAAAAAAUGUUCAUAGUUUUUUGCUAGAAGGCUCAAACAAGUUUUUUGGUGAAGGUUGUAUUCUGUUUUAUGACUUUCAAGCGAAGAAGCUGUGACGAAAAAAAAAGUUUUUAAACAUGUUUUACAAUAAAAGAGAAAAAAUAAAAAAAAAAACGCAAAAAAAAUAUACAAUAAUGUAAUUUUUAGUUUAAGUCAUUAAUUUCAAUGUUUUCAAAGGCUACAAUGAAAGUUUGUAGGAAUUAUAAUAUAUUAACUAUAAUUAUUUCAACUAAGUAAAUAUCUACCCAAUUCAGUUGAUCUUAACUUCAGGCUAUACUUUGUGCAUUUCUAUAAAUUAACGUUGUGUCAAUCAUUUUCAGUUAUAUCUCGAUUUCAAUUAUCCCAUGAUUACCGAUUCUUUAUGUAAAUUAGUUUUAAUUCUGUUUAAGGCGCAUCAUACAAUACUGUUUGCUUGCUCUAAUCCAAAUUGAAUCAAUGUUCAGUGUUUUUAAACUUGUUUUAAUAUUAAUUGGCAAAAUAAAUAUAGAAUUCAUUUCGAUGAAAGUUGCAUGCAGAAAA